AUGGGCGCGCUUUUGUCUAUCCCGAUGCUGGCUCUGCCGAGCGUCGGUACACUCUGGGGGGUUGCCGCCUCGUGCUGUGGAGCAGCCACCUGCAGCGCUGUCUGUGGAUCUUGCGGCGGCAAGUGUGGAAACAGCAUCGCUACUCGUAUCGCAUACGCCCUCAUCCUUCUCUUCAACUCUAUCGUAUCAUGGAUAAUGCUCACCGACUGGGCUAUGAAAAAGCUAUCACACCUCACGCUGGACUACGUCGAUAUCAAAUGCCACGGCGAACAGUGCUACGGAUACGUCGCAGUGCAGCGCAUCAACUUCGCCCUCGGUUUCUUCCAUGUCAUCAUGGCUAUGAUGCUCAUCGGCGUACGCAGCUCCAAGGACGGUCGCGCACCUAUCCAGAACGGUUUCUGGGCCCCGAAGAUCAUCGCAUGGCUGGCUAUGGUGGUCCUGACCUUCUUUAUCCCGAACUCCUUCUUCAUCGUCUGGGGUAACUACUUCGCUAUGAUCGGCGCCUGCCUCUUCCUCCUUAUCGGUUUGAUUCUCCUCGUCGACCUCGCACACAAUUGGGCAGAAUAUUGCCAGGAGAAGAUCGAGGUCACCGAGUCUAGAGUGUGGACUGGAAUGCUCGUGGGAUCUGCGCUAUUCAUGUACCUGGCUUCGUUCGCUAUGACGGUUGUCAUGUACAUUUACUUUGCGAGGAGCGGAUGCGGCAUGAAUCAGGCUGCAAUUACUAUCAAUCUGAUCUUGUUGCUCCUUUCGUCGAUCGUGUCGAUUCACCCAGCUGUCCAGAACGUCAACCCUCGCGCCGGACUUGCUCAGUCGGCUAUUGUUGCCAUCUACUGCACAUACCUCACCAUGUCUGCAGUCGGCAUGGAACCCGACGACCACCAGUGUAACCCGCUCAUUCGCGCUCGUGGCACUCGCAAAGCAACCAUUAUCAUUGGCGCAAUCGUGACUUUUGUUACUGUUGCAUACACUACAACACGUGCGGCUACGUAUGGCUUGGCUCUUGGCGCUCAAGGCAACUCCUACGGAAAUGGAUACUCUCGCGUAGGAACUGAAGACUAUGAACAUGGUCUUGUGACCCAGCAACCUGAAUCUCGUCGUGAGAUGCGAGCUGCCGCUCUCCGCGCCGCCGUUGAAUCUGGCUCACUCCCUGCCUCUGCGCUAGACGAGUCAGACAGUGAUGAUGAGGAUGAGGGACCGUCAAAGAACCCACGGGACGACGAACGCAACGCCACCCAGUACAACUACACGCUCUUCCACGUCAUCUUCUUCCUCAGCACCACAUGGGUUGCCACGCUUCUGACCACCAACUUUGACGAAAAGGACAUGCAGAAUGACUUUGUCCCUGUGGGUAGGACGUACUGGGCUAGCUGGGCGAAGAUCAUCAGCGCGUGGCACACCUGUCCCACCAAGAUUUUCCACGAGCAGAUCCUGCAUUUACUCGCUCACUCCAUUACCACCGCGGACCGCUUUCACAUCCUUGGUAUCAACAUGACACGUGACCAUAGUGGCCAACUCCACGCCGGGACUAUUGGGCUCUUUGACGACGAGGACGAGAUCGCGACCACGGAAGCUAGGGUCGAAGGACGGAACGCUCUUGUCAAAGCAAGGCAGAAGAAGAAGGAUGAAAAGGCGAAGCAGAGGCAACACGAUGGAUUUUGGCAUAUCAUCGGUCGUGCUUUUGGUUUCAGAAAGAAGAAUGUGAGGGAUGACGAUGUCCUAAAGCCUUUGUGCGAGGCGGAAGCAAAUGACGGAUGCGCAAUGCGUGAAAGGAGUGAAGGAAAUAGAGGAGCAAGACGAAGUCCGGUUCCCGAGAUGUACGACCAAUGGGAAGUAGAUGAGGAACUUGAUUCGCCGUUCUACGAGGAGCUGGGGAUGGUCAGGAUCAAAGCGGCGAAUGGGCGGGAUGUGAAAGUGGUACACAAAAGUCAGAUACGGAAGGACGAUGUGCUUGAUGAUUAUGGAGAGUGA